AUGGGAUUGGGUAUGGGUCUAAUCGGACCAACUAUACUCAAAUUACGUGAACAAACAAAUUCGACACUCGAUCAACUUGGUUAUGUUUUUUUUACACGUGCGUUCGGUUUUCUUGGUGGGACUGUAUUUGCCGGUAUAAUUGUCGAUCAUUUUGUUUUAUUAGGUCGAACAUUUUUAACAUUAACAAUUUUAAUUAUGUGUUUGGUAAUACUGAUAAUGCCAUUGAUUAAAAAUGUUUUUCUUCUUAUAUUUGUACAAUUAAUGUGGGGUAUAACAGCUGGUAUGGUCGAUAAUCUUGUACAAAUUCUUACGCUACGCCAUUAUGGUCAACAUCAAGUAGGUCCAUAUAUACAAGCUGUUCAUGGUGCAUUUGGUAUUGGAGCAUUUCUUUCACCGUUAAUCGUUGCACCAUUUCUUAAUAAACAUAGAAAAUUUGAUCAAUGGCAUUAUGCUUAUUGGAUUAUUGGAUUUUUACACAUACCUAAUCUUAUUUGGAUUUUAUUCUAUGCUAUACGUGAUGAAUGUUGUUUGAAAAAGAGCGUAGAGACAAAUGUAACAAUAGAAAAUGAUAAGUUUGUCUCUGAGGAUGACGAUAACAAACAAUCAAUAGGAGUUAUCGUCUCUAAUGAUCCAACAAACUUACCAUCAUCAUCCAAAAUACGACCAUUUCGAAUUAUUUUAAUUAUCAGUUCACUUUCGCUUUUUCUUCUAUUACACGAUGGGAGUGAAUCAGCAUUUGGAGCCUAUUUACAUACUUAUGCGAGUCUUCAUUUAAAUUUUUUAAAAGAUAUUGCUGCUUAUCUCAAUUCAGCUUUUUGGGCAUCAUUUGCUUUCGGUCGUCUUUGUAGAAUUCCACUAUCGACUAAAUUAUCUUCAUUUCAAAUGAUUUUUAUUGAUUUAAUUGGUUGUAUUAGUUCACUCGUACUUCUUUUUAUCUUUAACAAAUCAUCAACUAUUUUAUGGAUUAGUUCAAUUCUUUUUGAACUUUCUAUUGCUUCGAUAUAUCCAUCGACAAUUUUCUAUACUGAGGAACAUAUUAAAUUGACUGGUAAACGCAUGUCGAUGUUGACUGUUGGUGCUUCGACGGGUGGUGCUGUUAUACCUCUUUUAAUUGGUUUCUGUAUGAAUUCGACAUUGAUCGGCCCUAUUGGCUUUAUUUUCAUCACACUUGCCGUUAUGAUCUUGGCUUCUAUACUAUUCGGAAUUAUUGCAUUUUGUACGGGUCAACGUUCAUAGUACUAAAUAAGCAACAAUAACAAUUAUUGCUCUUGUUGCUCUUAUAGCGAUGUUGUUGUAGUUUAAAAUAAAACAAAAAUUUCCAGGAAAAAGUUUUCAGUACAAUCCAUACGAGAUUAAAGUAAGAACUACGAUGAAAUUACUUUAAUUGUACAGAAAGACCCUCGCUAUAAUGAUCACAAUUUUUUCAAGGACAAAGGGGCAACAUGUCGAAAUGUCUGUAACGGUCAGUGGAGCGGACGUGCAGGGUUCACUUUUCUCGCUAUAUACUUUAACACUCAUUACAAUCAUGUUUCACAAAAGAAGAACCAAGGAAGAAACAGUAGACUCCAUGACUGCAUGACGGAUGUGGGUGUGGGUGUUUGUCUUUUCUUCACCUAAACCUAACACUCACACCCAUACCCACGCCACACCCACACCCACACCCACACCCACCCACACCCACACCCACACCCACCCACACCCACACCUACACCCACACCCACCCACACCCACCCACACCCACACCCACACCCACCCACACCCACACCCACCCCCACACCCACCCACACCCACACCCACACCCACACCCACACCCAC